AUGGACUAUGCACAUUCGCAAUCCGCUGAAAAUGCCGUGCGUACAUCAGCAAAGCGCACCGCCGAGCUCUUCGGUCCGGAAUACCUGAUGGUCACACCCUCAGCCCUGACAGACGGCUCAAUUGGCGUUUCCUACCGACGAAAGGCCGAAUACGAAGACGUCACCGAACUACCACGCGCACUCGCAGAAAAGCAAGCCAAGGCCGCAGCCGGGCGAACAAAACGACCAAAGAUCCAGGCACAGACACCUGCAGACGGCAGCGGUGCCUCGAUGUCACUAGUGAAGCGGCCGGCUGGCGGCGCAGGCGCAGCCGGGACCGAAGACCAGCCCAAGAGCUUGAUCACAAGGCCCUCGGCUACGAAGCAACAAAAGCCCGAUUGGCACGCGCCAUGGAAGCUGAUGCGCGUUAUCUCAGGACACUUAGGAUGGGUACGGGCUUUGGCUGUCGAGCCGAACAACCAGUGGUUUGCUAGUGGAGCGGGAGAUCGCACGAUUAAGAUCUGGAACUUAGCGACGGGCUCUUUGCGUCUUACGCUUACUGGUCAUAUCUCUACGGUUCGUGGGUUGGCUGUGUCGCCUCGGCAUCCGUACCUUUUCUCAUGCGGUGAGGAUAAGAUGGUUAAGUGUUGGGAUCUGGAAACCAACAAGGUUAUUCGUCACUACCAUGGUCAUCUGAGUGGUGUCUACACGCUAGCCUUGCACCCUCGUCUUGAUCUGCUGGUUACUGGCGGUCGUGAUGGUGUGUGUCGAGUUUGGGAUAUGCGGACGCGAAGCAACGUCCACGUUCUCGGCGGACACAAGGGUACCGUCGCCGAUAUCAAGUGUCAAGAAGCUGAUCCUCAAAUCAUCUCUGGGUCGCUGGACUCCACAGUCCGCCUAUGGGAUCUGGCCGCUGGAAAGAGCAUGGGCGUCCUUACACACCACAAGAAGGGUGUUCGCAACAUCGCCAUCCACCCCUCUGAAUUCACAUUCGCCAGUGCCAGUACUGGAAGCAUCAAGCAAUGGAUGUGUCCCAAGGGCGACUUCAUGCAGAACUUCGAAGGCCAGAACUCAGUCAUCAACUCUCUCGCCGUGAACGACGAGAACGUUCUCUUCUCCGGUGGUGACAACGGCUCUAUGUCCUUCUGGGACUGGAAGACUGGACACCGUUUCCAGUCUGUCGAGACCACUGCGCAACCCGGUUCCCUCGAAGCCGAAGCCGGUAUCAUGGCUUCUACUUUCGAUCGCACUGGUCUGCGCCUCAUCACUGGUGAGGCUGACAAGACUAUCAAGGUCUGGAAGCAGGACGAGGAUGCUACACCUGAGACUCACCCCGUUCAAUGGGCUCCUACUCUUGGUAGACAGCGGUACUAG